UAACCAAUCAGCGGGCAUGUGCCAAAAAUAACACCUCCUCUUGUUCAGCACCCAAAGUGGAAGGAAAGCUGUGUGGCCUUUCAAUGGAAGAAGAAAGUGCGAGAUUUGCCAGUGUUGUAUAAUAUCUACAGUUCUCAGUGUCCAUAUUUGUUUUGGAGCGAUCGAAAUUAUCUUCAGCUGACGUGAGCGACAAGAACUGGCGUCAAACAUGCGUAAAAAUCAACGCUGUCCAAGCAGGGAACCGCCGAGAAAGGAAUUAUCGCCGCUCAUCUGAGGCCAAUCUCGGUUAUUUAUUUUUUUUUGUCAAAUAAGGAAACAUAACGUAGCUAGCCGGCUAACGUUAGCUCCGCAGAUAGCUAGGGCAGCGACACAUCUUCACACAAAAGCGGGCUCCGGCAGGUGAUCAACAUUGGAUCUGCGUUCGCCCAGCGGCAGGAAAACCUAUAGGCAACAAUGGGUGCAUUCCUGGACAAGCCGAAAACGGAGAAGCACAGUGCCCAUGGUGAUGGCAAUGGGCUGCAGUAUGGCCUGAGCUCCAUGCAGGGAUGGCGGGUGGAGAUGGAGGAUGCCCACACAGCUGUGGUGGGUCUUCCACAUGGACUCACCGACUGGUCCUUCUUUGCCGUCUAUGAUGGCCAUGCAGGGUCCCGGGUGGCCAACUACUGCUCUGGCCACCUGCUGGAACACAUCUUGUCAGGAGGGGCCGACUUUGGUUCUGGAUCCGGCUCUGUGGAGGGUGUGAAGGACGGCAUCCGCUCAGGCUUCCUGAACAUUGACGAAUACAUGCGCAGCUUCACUGACCUGCGGCAGGGCAUGGACCGCAGCGGAUCAACAGCUGUGUGCGUGUUGCUCAGCCCGACCCACCUCUACUUCAUUAACUGCGGUGAUUCGCGGGCUGUGCUGAGUCGAGACAGCAAGGUGGGCUUCUCCACCCAGGACCACAAGCCCUGCAACCCCCGUGAAAAGGAGCGCAUCCAGAACGCUGGCGGCUCAGUCAUGAUCCAGAGGGUGAACGGCUCCCUGGCUGUGUCCCGGGCCCUGGGGGACUAUGACUACAAAUGUGUGGAUGGUAAGGGCCCCACGGAGCAGCUGGUGAGCCCUGAGCCCGAGGUGUGUGUGUUGGAACGAGCGGCCGAAGGAGAUGAGUUUGUGGUGCUGGCGUGUGAUGGAAUCUGGGACGUCAUGUCCAACGAGGAGCUGUGUGACUUUGUCCGCUCACGACUGCUGGUGUGUGACGACCUGGAGAAGGUCUGUAACUCUGUGGUGGACACCUGUCUACAUAAGGGGAGCAGGGACAAUAUGAGUGUGGUGUUGGUGUGUUUACCCGGAGCUCCCAAGAUCUCAGAGGAGGCUGUGAAGAAAGAAGAGGAAUUGGAUAAAUUCCUGGAGUCCCGUGUUGAGGAGCUACUGGGAAACUCUGGGGAUGCAGGAGUCCCUGACCUGGUGUCUGUCCUUAGGAGCAUUGCCACAGAGAGCAUCCCCAACCUUCCACCUGGUGGCGGCCUGGCCAGCAAACGCAGUGUGAUCGAGGCGGUGUACAACAAGCUGAACCCUCACAGAGAAGAGGAAGGCAGUCUGACCCCUGGCGUGUCACCUCAGGCCUUUGCGGGGGGAGAGGAGGAGAGUGAGGAGGGAGGUGGCAGUACGGCGGCACAUCUGCUGGAGGCUCUUCGGCAGUUCCGCCUCCACCACCGGGGGCAGUACCGUGCGGUGCUGGAGGAGUCCCUGGCCACCUACCAUGUGCGGGGGGAGAGCGCUGCUGAGGGAACAGGGGCGAGCAGGAGGACCUCGGACGACAACGUUGAUAAUGACGGCCAGGAGCAGACCGCCUCCCCUCCCUCUCCCCCCUCGCCCCCGCCCUCACCUGCCACUGCAGAACCGGAGGCCAGCCAGGAUGCGCCCACCCCUGAGUUUAAUCCCUCCUCUGACUGAGCACCCCGCCUGCAUACCAACCCACCAAACCAUCUCUCCCUCAGACUCCAGUGCUCUAGUCAACAGCUAUGAUCUCUCUGCUUUCCUGCAGCACAGAAUUUGAAUUGACACAUCGGCCAUUUCUGGUUUUGCCUUCAGCCUUCGCUGCUAUACAUAUACCCAUAACAAUAUUUUAACAAUUCAUUGGAAACACAAAUGGCCCCUCUGUCUGUUCAAGUUCUGUCUGCGAGCCACAUUUAUUACAUUAACCUAAUGAAGACUCUUUCGCUUCCUGAUUUUCUUUCCCCCUUUUCCUCCUGACCACCUCGGCUUUGAUUCCCCAAAACUUACCAAGCCACUUUUACAGCUUGACCACACACACUCAUGUUUACAAUAGAAUCAAGGUGAAUUAUUGUUGAGUUUAAACGUGGCUUGUGAAAAAAAAAAUUGAACAUAGCACUCCACGAUUCCUGGUGUUGGCUUCUGGCUGAUUUCCUACCUGAACCCCUCCUCUCCCCAGCCUCCCCUCCUCACACCUGCUUACAAUGGACAAAGAAAAGGAGAGGGGACACUCUGAACUGCUGUGUCCCCAGGCCUACUCCAUCUACAGACUCAGAACACACUCUUUUAUGUAUAUGUGUGUGUGUGUUUGUUUGUAUGUAUGUGUGUUUGUGUGCGCCAGAGUUUGAGAGACCAAUCACCUCUACACGCAUUUUGUGAUUUUGAUAACGGAUGAUACGUGAGUGUAAACCCAUUUAUCAGCACAAUCACAGGGCAGUUAAACAACAGAGGGAUGCGUGGGGUUGUUGUUUACUUGUAGUUUGAGCGACAGUUGAUUGAAAUCAUUCUCUCACCACAUAUCCCUAAUUCUUCACCAUCACAGUUAAGUCACGCUGCCUCACAAUCAUGCACAAAGAGGUUAAAAUCUGCUUCUUCUUGGUGUGACACUGGAGAGGGCAAAACACAGUUGGUUUAGGGAAAGAUUGAAGUGUGGGUUUAAGUACGUUCUAAGGGACGAGUGCUCAAACCUACGUACAGCUGACAUGUUGGCAUACACUUAAGCAUGCUAAAAUUUAGCAUUACACUUGUUAGCAUCCUAAAAUUCAGUUUGUAGUGUCUUACUAAUAUGGUAACAUUUCUCAUGUUAGCAUGCUAGCAGGCUAUGUUGGCAUUCAUGUCAUUAAUCUGACAGGUUUUCUGUAAGGAGCUGAAGACAGCAAGUGGAGUACUUGACUUGAUAAUGGCACUAGAUAGGUGACUGAGACCACUAUUGUUUCUUAGUACAUCUCAUGCUGCACCUUUUGACCAAAAUGUUGGACCUGGCCAACCACUAUCACAUCCAUAAGGUCACACUGCUAAUGUAGCGUGGCUGAGCAUAUCCAAUCCAGGCCUGAUGCAGCACUUAUACCCUCAGUCACACCUGGAGUAAACAAAGAAAUGUGUUUAACAAGAGAGUUGUGCAUCUAUAAUCAGUAAUGUUGACAUGUUGUUAUACCUGUGUUUUAAUACAUUUCCAACAGCUCAUGCUGCCAGAUGCUGUUAAGUGUGGCUUUCUGAGAGAGAGUUAAUUAAGACUUAAUUAAAACCUUCCCCCACAUCCAGCAUAUUUCAUUCCCCACAGUUUAUGACUUUAUUCAGAGAGAAACAAUCUGAAACUCAUAGCUCAUUAUAGACGUUUUGAUUCAAACAGGCUGCUGAAGCUACAGUGUUUAUUCUUCCUCUAUGAAAGCAGGAAGAGGGAGUCUAUAAUGCACUGUACCCAGUCACUCUGGUAAUGCAUGCACUGCCCUUAUCCUUUACAAUAUCUAAAGCACUUAGCUAUCAGGAGGCGAGGUUAUGCUAAACACUGUGUGUCUGUCUGCGCGUGUGUGUAUGUAUGAAUUGUAUUUGUAUGGGGUUUCGUGGGCCAAAUCAGUCCCACACCAUUAAUAAAAUGACAAAUGAACAAAUAAAAAUGAUUUGAGGUAUCAUGCUA